AUGGAAUCUAUUCAUACGCACCCGGCUACUGCCGCGCAAGCCAAGGCUUUUACCGCGCCCGGUUCUCUCUCCUUCCCUGGCGGUGCUGGUGAACUCACACCGCCUUCUUUCGAUGCUGAUAAGGCGAACGGCCAGAGACCCGUAAACGGCGCUCCUCAGCAGGCUGCAAACGGUACCGGGGUGACUCCCGCUACACCCGCUGCUACGCCUGCGGCUGUUCAAGGGGGAAGUGGUUUGACUCCUACCUUGCAGAAUAUCGUCGCCACGGUCAACCUUGAGUGCCGUUUGGAUUUGAAGACGAUUGCCCUCCAUGCUCGCAACGCCGAGUACAACCCGAAGCGUUUUGCUGCCGUCAUUAUGCGUAUCCGCGAACCCAAAACAACUGCGCUGAUUUUUGCUUCUGGCAAGAUGGUUGUUACCGGUGCUAAGUCGGAAGACGACUCGAAACUCGCCUCGCGCAAAUAUGCUCGUAUCAUCCAGAAGCUUGGUUUCAACGCGAAAUUCAGUGAUUUCAAGAUCCAGAACAUCGUUGGCAGCUGCGACAUCAAGUUCCCUAUUCGGCUCGAGGGUCUUGCCUCGCGUCAUCACAACUUCAGUUCUUACGAACCUGAGCUGUUCCCCGGUCUAAUCUACCGCAUGAUCAAGCCCAAGAUCGUGCUCCUGAUUUUCGUUAGCGGUAAGAUUGUCUUGACCGGCGCGAAGGUACGAGAGGAGAUCUACCAGGCAUUCGAAAUGAUUUACCCUGUGUUACAAGAUUUCCGCAAGAUCUGA